AUGGAAAUAGAUGCAGUCAACAGUUCUUACCUACAACAACCCCAAGAGCAGAUAAACCACCUUCAACAUCAACCUCAUUCAAUAAUUAAUGGUCUAACAUCUACUGAUACUAUUCAACCUUUCAAAGAGACUAUUACAGGACUAGUUAAUGAUUCACGAAUGCGUUUCCAUAAUAACAUUCUUGAAGAUAAUCACCAUCCUGAAGAUCCUGCCAGGACCGCUAGGAUACAAAAAAUUUUGCAGCAAUCUGGUUGUUAUAACAAAAUGAAACUCAUAAAAUCUCGAGAGGCUACAUGCAAAGAAGUGUGUCUUGUACAUACUAUUGAUCACUGGAAUUGGCUAAUGGAAACUGAAAAAAUGGACUUGGAAGAAUUGGAAUCAUUAACAGAUAAUGGCAACUCUUUAUAUGUAAAUAAUGACACUGCAUUAUGUGCAAAGCUUGCUUGUGGUGGUGCAAUAGAAUUAUGUGAAGCUGUUGCCAAUGGAGUUGUAACAAAUGGAUUUGCUAAUAUAAGACCUCCAGGACAUCAUGCUGAACAUAAUUGUGCAAUGGGAUUUUGUUUUGUCAAUAGUGUGGCUGUUGCUGCUAAAUGUUUAACAAAACUUCACAACAACAUGAAAAUUCUGAUUCUUGAUUGGGACGUUCAUCAUGGAAAUGGAACACAAAAGGCCUUUUAUAAUGAUCCAAAUGUGCUUUAUUGUUCAUUACAUCUUUAUGAAGAUGGAGCAUUUUAUCCUUGUGAUAAAGAAGCAAAUUUUAUGUUUACAGGUGGGGGUGAAGCUAUAGGAAAAACUGUGAAUAUACCAUGGCCAUGUAAUGGGAUGUAUGAUAGUGAUUAUAUUUAUGCUUUUAAUAAGGUUGUCAUGCCCAUAGCAUAUGAAUUUUCACCUGAUAUUGUCAUUGUCUCUGCAGGAUUUGAUGCUGCUGCAGGAUUUGCUCAUAUGACUGACAUGUUGAAAAAAUUGGCAAAUGGAAAAAUUGCUUUAAUAUUGGAGGGUGGGUACAAUCUAGAAUCUGUAUCUAAAUCAGCAAUGGCUUGUGUAAAAGUAUUACUUGGUGAAUCACCUGGCAAAAUGGAACCAAUUAAACCUAGGAGGGAAUGUUUAGAAACUAUAGAACAAGUUAUACGUGUUCAAUCAAAACAUUGGAAAAGUCUGGUCCCUGAGUAUAAUGAUGUCAAUCAGGAACGAAUGCCUGGUAAAUGCAUUGUUGAUUUGGCAGAAAUGAUGAAAAUAUUUCGAAAAUACUAUUUAUUUGACAAACUAAAAAUCAUAACAUUUCCAAUAAGAGAUGAUGUUAUGAAAUCCAAAUUUUCUGAAACAAUUUAUGCUAGAGCUAAUACAAUGGCAAUGACAAAUUCAUUUGAAGUAUCUGGAUCAUAUAUGGUUGAUACAACAUAUCAAUAUAUCCGAAGUAUUAUUGCCAGAGGGUAUGGACUUAUUGAUAUUGAUUUGCCUCCAAACAUGAAGUAUUAUUAUAUAUAUGGGACAAUUUUUUGCUGGUGUCAAAAUUUAUUAGAUUUGAUACAAAGUCGAGAAACUGAAGUUAUUGAUAAAGUAAUAGGAUUGGUGUUAAUACCAGGACAUACAAUUGAUAUAGCUUCAACGUCCAAAAAAUUUGAACUACAUCAUUGGUAUAAUAAGGUGUGUAUAACAUAA